AUGCUCCUCUUUCCCUGUCUUGUUAGCCCUGCAACGGCCAACCCUAUCGGCCUUAGCCGCGAAUCUCAGCCAUUUCAUGCUUGUUUUCGAUGUUCUAAUUCCGGAAUUCAAUGUCGUGGUUAUGCUACCCAAGCGCCUGCAUCAACGAAGAAGAAAGUAGUUGUUCGACAAUGCUUAAUCCCUAUACGUCCGGCACCACCAAACUUGCCAUGCUAUGAGUUUUCUUACUUCAAUCUUAGCGAGCAAGAACAACUGUACUUUGAAGACUUUGCAUGUGCAGCUUCCACCGACCCAUAUAGCAUGGUCCUGGACUCAACACGCCGUACGGCUAGAUCGAUCGAGUCAUUCUUUUGGAGCGAAACGGUGCUCCAGGAAAGUUUUACAACGCCUUGUAUUCGUCAUGGAAUUGUCGCCAUUUCUGCCCUGGUGCAGAGCUUUCAGUUGGACACUAUCAACUCACAACAAGCCCAUGAACAAUUCGCCUUGAAACAAUACGGUAAAACAUUGCAAUUGACGAGAGACUUUAUUGCCACCACUAAAUGUACGAUGGAGCGUUCAAGAACACUCUUCAUUUGUUCUUUGAUAUUAGCCCACUUUGAAUGUUUCUACGGGAAUCGAAAUCUGGCAAUUUCUCACAUGCAAUGCGCCCGAUCAUUGCUCACGAAAGAGACCUCGAAGUUUCUUGAUUACAGAUUCGUCAGUAUCUUAAUGAACCUUGAUAUUGUCAAUUACUCCACUAUGGGCUUCAAAUCAAUAUUCUCUUAUCGCCAAACCAUAUUUGAAGAGGAGCGGAUUUACAUACCGGAACUUUUUUCCAGCAUAGGGGAAGCAGUCAAAACUCGAGCGAUACUCGUCCAAAGGGCCAACAACCUCUAUAUAGAGAUUUUCAAAUAUAGAUUCACACCAAAAGCAAAGAUUCCCCGCUCCGCGAUCAAACGGAGAGAUCAUUACGUGGCGCAAUUAAGACGGUGGGAUGCUACCUUCCGUCGAUUUACGUGGAUGUCCGAUUACAAAACUGGCAUUGUCGGACAUCCAGUGCGGAGACCAGAUUCAUUGAGGAUGCGAAUAUUGAUCGGUGCCAUCAAGCUUGCCACAAGUCUCAACGAAUCGCAGUUGGUCACGGACGAGCUCCUCGAACCAUUUCAAUAUAUUGUCUCUUACACGCGAGAUAUAAUAGACUAUGAAGCAUAUUUGUCUAAAGAGGGUGCAUGGGAUAGUCGUGUGACUGCAAGGAUCGCUAUCUGGAAGAUGGCACUAGAGCAGCCAGGGAUGGAUGAAUUUGGAACUAUUUCUGAGCAUGCAAGAUGUUAUGGGGAAUGUUUCGAGGUCGAUCGAUCGAAGAAAGAAGUUCGAGUUACCUGCAGGCAGAAGGACGAGAACAUACCUGGGGGUCACCGAAUCGUUACCGGUGUACUUCAAUAUGGAGAAGUGGCGGAUGAGCUGUUUCGCUCGAGCCUAGACUGGAUCACUACUUCGAAUAUCUCGCCAUAA